AUGACCCCACUCGCUCUCUAUAAAUAUAUGAAUCUCCUUUUUUCUGAUCUUCACAAGCUCCCAUUUCCUUUCUCCGACAACAAACCCAAAUCUCUCUCUCUCUCUCUCGGUCGGUCGCUAGCUAUGGAUCCCUACAAGUACCGUCCGUCCAGUGCUUUCAAUUCGCCUUUCUGGACAACAAAUUCUGGAGCUCCUGUUUGGAACAAUAACUCAUCUUUGACUGUCGGAACUAGAGGUCCGAUUCUUCUUGAAGAUUACCAUCUGGUGGAGAAGCUUGCUAAUUUCGAUCGUGAGAGGAUCCCAGAACGUGUUGUCCAUGCCAGAGGUGCCAGUGCCAAGGGAUUUUUUGAAGUGACACACGAUAUAUCUCACCUUACCUGUGCUGAUUUUCUUCGAGCUCCAGGAGUUCAGACACCUGUCAUUGUUCGAUUCUCCACUGUCAUCCAUGAGCGUGGAAGCCCUGAAACCCUCAGGGACCCCAGAGGCUUUGCUGUGAAAUUUUACACCAGAGAGGGAAACUUCGAUCUGGUGGGAAAUAACUUCCCUGUCUUUUUUAUUCGUGAUGGGAUGAAAUUCCCAGAUAUGGUUCAUGCUUUGAAACCCAAUCCAAAGUCCCACAUUCAAGAGAACUGGAGAAUAGUCGACUUCUUUUCCCAUCAUCCAGAGAGCUUGAAUAUGUUCACUUUCCUCUUUGAUGAUCUGGGCGUUCCACAGGAUUACAGACACAUGGAAGGCUCUGGCGUCAACACCUAUACUCUAAUCAACAAGGCUGGGAAAGCAUAUUACGUGAAGUUCCACUGGAAGCCAACAUGUGGCGUGAAGUGUCUGUUGGAGGACGAUGCUAUUAAGGUUGGAGGAGCUAAUCACAGCCAUGCCACCCAGGAUCUCUACGAUUCAAUUGCUGCUGGUAACUAUCCAGAAUGGAAACUUUUCAUUCAGACUAUAGAUCCUGAUCAUGAAGAUAGAUUUGAUUUUGACCCACUUGAUGUAACCAAGACCUGGCCAGAGGACAUCUUGCCCCUGCAGCCAGUGGGUCGCUUGGUAUUAAAUAAGAACAUAGAUAACUUCUUUGCGGAGAACGAGCAGCUUGCAUUUUGCCCUAGCAUUAUUGUCCCUGGGAUUUACUAUUCCGAUGAUAAGCUGCUCCAAACUCGUAUUUUCUCUUAUUCCGAUACUCAGAGGCACCGUCUGGGACCAAACUAUUUGCAGCUUCCAGUUAAUGCUCCGAAGUGCACUCAUCACAACAACCACCAUGAUGGAUUCAUGAAUUUCAUGCAUAGGGAUGAGGAGGUCAAUUAUUUUCCGUCAAGGUACGAUGCCAGUCGUCAUUCUGAGAGGUAUCCCAUUCCGACUGCUGCAUUAUCAGGGAAGCGCAACAGGUGUGUCAUUGAAAAGGAGAACAACUUUAAGGAACCAGGAGAGAGAUACCGUUCCUGGGCACCAGACAGGCAAGAGAGAUUCAUCUGCCGGUGGGUAAAUGCUUUGUCUGAUCCCAGGGUCACCCAUGAGAUCCGCAGUAUCUGGGUUUCAUACUGGUCUCAGGCCGACAAAUCCCUUGGUCAGAAGCUCGCAUCGCGUCUCAAUAUAAGACCAACAAUGUAA